GUGAUUGCCCCCACCGACCCCCACAACAGCGAAUCGGGGUCACGCCUAUGGCUGCGAUUCCCAUCGCUAACGGACCUGGACGAGUCGGAGCCUUGAUGGAAGAAGUAGAGGGUGGGGGAAGUGCCCUGGCCACCACGGAAGAGGCCGCCGAGCUAAUCCCGCUAGAUCAGUACGUAUCACUGGGGUAUCCUGGGCUUGGAAUGAUCGGAACAAUCAGACCAGCGCCGGAACCGAAAGAGGUGGCGGAGUGGCGACCGUCUCUAGGAGAAAUGGAGUCGGGAGGACCCACCUUCGUCAUGGGAGAGAUUGAUGUACUAAACAUCAUCCGAGCCUUGGACCAUCGGAUUCCACUUCCGAUCGGUCAUCUACUCUCAAUCUCCGAGCAAGCCAAUGAGCGAAUGCUACAUCAUUGCAAAGCAAACCGGAAGCGAUUCGCCCUCGCUCGAACAUCGAACGUAAAAGCCAAAAGCUCCACGCCCGAAGAAAAUCCAACUGGUACUUCAGAUCCGAUACGGUGGGUUCGGUGUCCGAUGGGGAUUUGCAAUGCGUCUGCCACGUUUCGGCGAGCGAUGAACAUGACGUUCCAAAAUUUCGUCAACGAGACGCGGCUGACACAAGGGAUGAUUAACUUCUGCAUGAUCGUGUACAUGGACGAUAUCGUGGUCUACUCGAAAACUUAUCACGGGCACGCGCAACAUAUCGAGUGGACAUUGGGCGCGUUGAGAGACGCUGGGUUCAAGAUUGCGCUCGAGAAGAGCAAAUUUUUCCUCUCGAAAAUUUCGUUCUUGGGCUACGUCGUGACACGUGGAGGACUACGAUCGGACUCAAGAAAGGUUGCGGCAGUGAAAGAAGCCCCGGUUCCCACGUCAUUGACGCAGGUUCGAGCCUUCUUGGGGUUAGCAUCGUACUAUCGACGCUUCAUCAAGGGUUUUGCAGCGAUUGCACGACCACUAACGAAUCUGUUACGAAAGGACCAGCCUCUCAGUUGGGACGCGGAGUGCCAGCAGGCCUUUGCAACCCUCAAGGACGCUCUGGCAACGGCCCCUAUUUUGAUUCGGCCGGACCCCUCAAAGCAGUUCAUUCUCAUCACGGACUGGCAACCGGAAGCUAUUUCCGCUAUUUUAGCGCAAAAGGGGAACGACGGUCGUGAACACGUCAUCGAGUACGCGUCACGCACAGUACCAGACGAACGUCGAAAUGACUCCGCACCUCAAGGCGAGUGUUAUGCGGUAGUUUGGGGAAUCCAACACUUCCAUCUGUAUCUUUACAGACAGAAGUUUUGCCUCGUGACGGAUCACGAGCCUCUGCUAGCUUUGAAGAAGCUCACCAACUACACGCGCAUGAUUGGCCGUUGGGCAGUGCGACUGCAAGAGUACAACUUCGAUAUUAUCCAUCGAAAGACAGAGCGACACGGCAACGCGGAUGGGCUGACACAGGGAGCCGCAGAACGCAUCCCGCCGUCGCAGCAACAAUACUUGGAUCCCCGGACGGCUCGCGAUCCUGCCUUCUUCGGGCACCCUACAGCAGGGCAGUUUGCUGCCAUUCGAGAAGAAGAGGAGGAAGAAGAGAGCACCGGGAGUGACGAAGACGAAGGCGCGCGGGAGGAAGGCGGGGAUAGCGACGAAGAGCUCGAUGAAGAAGACGAAACCCCUGAGGAAGGAAGUUAUAGCGAGCAUAGUGAGGGGGAACCGAGCGAAGAACAAGAAGAAGACGAGGAAGGAGAAGAGGAGCACGAAGAAGAAUCUGUUGGAUCAGAGUGGGAAGUCGUGCCGGAAGAAGCACUGCGUACGGGCACCGAGGCUGAAGAUCCCGAGGCGGCCCACAAAAGAAAAGAGAUCGCGACCGGGAAGAAGGAGUUAGAACUCGCAAGCGCGGUGAGUCCGCAGAUCCACGACGACCCGAACCGAGAUCCGGAGCCACCCCGACCUGAAGAUGGCGACCUCGCGGCCACGACUCCGACCCCAUCAGCGUGGCGACGGAGCCGAUCCCCCUCCUCCCCGACCCGUCCCCCAGUUCUCCGCUGUACCGAUACGGGCGAUCGGCCUUCGUCCCCGAUCACUCUCUCGCCGUUCCCUUGACUACCUCACCCUCCGCCAGCUCACCACC